AAUGUAUGCAGGUAGAUACAACUUGCCACCACAUCAACAGUGCACCCGCAAAGUUUCAACAUGGCAGAGGGACGAGGCGCUGAUUUAGAAAAUGUUCAAGCACUACUUACGAAGGCUGAAGAUCACUGCCGGUCUUCCGAUACAGUCAGUGGCCUUUACCGCAAUGCAACUGCUAAAUAUUUCGACCAACUUGAAAAUACCACCAUGAUGCCAAGUGUAAAGGACAACUUUGGGAAUCCAACCUGUCCCAUAAACGGGAAACUUGAAGGUGUGUUCUUCGGGGUGACCCUUUAUAAAGGUGAUCUACCAACUAUAUCACCAUAUGGAGACACCAGAGUGGUGGUUCCCCUGGAGAGACUCUUUGAUGACUCUGCCAGGCUGUAUUUCGCCGAUUUCUAUCGUUGGAAAAGUGGUAAUCACUACGUCAUAUUGGUCCUUACAAGGCCUGAUACAGAAGCUGACCUCUUCUGCCAGGAGCACCUCAUUAAAUUGAAUGAACGAACCAACGUGUUUCUGAAAAAGGAAGGAAGCACCUACAAAACUCUCCGGCAGGACAAAGUAUGGGUUUACGUCUUCUAUACAGAUGAAGUGGAUAUAUCGGGGCUGGACCUCACUGACAACUUCGGAAACAUAAUCAAAACACUGGGCCAGUCUAAUGUCAGUGGAGGUGACAGUGAGGGCGGUAUUGAAUCUGAAGCAUCGUCACCGGAUGGUGUCCCUGAACUUGGGAAAGAACUGUCAAUGCUUCAGUUAGGAAAGAUGAACACAGAUCAAUCUGAAAAGUGAAUACAGGAACCAUGUUUGUACAUGCUAAGCAAUAUCUAACUAUUUGCAUUACUAUAGGGAUAAUAUAGUUAGAGACAUUGAAGAUAUUGAAUAGCUAUUGUAUUGAUUUGUUUCUGAAUAGAUGUUACUACAUACUCUGAAAGUCAACAUUUGUGCACAUUUGUGAAGAGCUGUCUGUAUCGCUGUUUUUUGCAAAAAGAAAUGUCUUUUGAAGAUGGUUGUCCAGAUUGUUGUCACUGCUGUGCCAUUGAAUCAUCAACAAGACAUUAUCAAUGAAUAAAGUUUUGUAGAUCAAACGUAAUUCACUAUUUGUAAUGUAACCUAUUGAUUAUCCCAUUGAUUAUCCCAUUGUAUAUGGGCCGGCGGCCUCUUUUACAAUAAGCAUAAUAAUAAUCUGA